AUGCAGUCCUUCCUCCCACCAGCAUUCUGUGCUUCCCCUGGCCUGAAUAUGCCACUGGUGUUGCAUUCGGGUUCCACCCCAGGCUUAACGACUACAAGGAUUGAUGCAAUUCCUGCUUCCAUAAAGACCCUGGUGUUGCACUCUGAUCAAUGUGCAUUUUUUAAUGGAGUAGCAUAUUGGAUUAUGUUCAAGGAAAAGGAUGCUACUGAUCAUUGUUUAUUGUCUUUCGAUACCGACAGUGAGUCCAAUCGAGAUUUCAGAGCUGGUAAUGACUACAUUGACAUGUGGGUUCUCCAAGAAAAGUCUUUCAAGAAGUUGCUGACUGUUUACCUUCCUGGAAAGUGGAGCUUUUACCCUUUGGCCAUUACAAUGAGCAACGAACUCCUCGUGGGAUAUCCUUGUGGGAUCUAUUUGUGUUCUUAUAAUCUUGAAACCAAGCAGGUUACAGAAACUAGAAUUAAGUUGGCGGUGGAUUGCUAUAACAACUAUAAUACGCAUACUUACGUCGAAAGUUUAGUCUUGCUGAGGGAGUAG